AUGGACAAGAAGGUCAUCCCAUCUUCCAGCAGCGACGACAGUAGCGACGACAGCGACCAGGCCACAACCACAGCCACAGCCCGAGCCCGGGAUGAAGCCCAAGCCGACAGCCCACACCGCGACGGCUACCUGGAAGCGCUGCUGCGGCGGCUUCGAAUUACGGAAUAUCGGCCCGUCGGGCUAUUAGAGGGCCUGGAGCGGCGGUUACAGGUUCAAAUCGUAGCGCAGCAGGUCAUGCAUGUGUGCCAUGUCGAGUCUGCUUGGGAUCGUAAUAGCAUUGGGAAUGGCCAAUGCAAAGCCCAGACAAUGGAGGACAAUUUGCUCCGCAUCAUGUGGAUCUUUGUAUCCUCGUUUGGACCUAUGCCGUGGUUUCGAACAUGUACACAAACAUCGUCAGCACCACAGCCGAUAAAACAGCAAUCCCAGCCGCUGCCUCCGGCCGAAAAGACCCCCACUGUGAUGACCAUGGACAAACAGAUGGAUGGGUUUCCUGUUCUUGAUGCAUUAUCACAUAACGGGGUUCAAGCUGGGGGAAAUCCGGGCCAGACUCGAUUAUAA